AGGGCAAAGAAUCAGGGUGAUUAAAGUAAAGCCCAAGGACGGUAACAAAAAGAAACCUUACGUGAAGCAUGGAGAUGACUGUGAUCUUUGUGAUAUUUCUUUUGGAAGGAUUAUGGGAGACUAAAGCUAUGUCAGUAACAGGAAACAAGGGCAGCUCUAUCACAGUAACCUGCUCUCACUCCAACGCCUACUCCACCGUCAAAUAUUUCUGCAAAGGACAAUGCACAUAUCAAGACAUCCUCAUAAGCAGCACUACCAUUUCAAAUAAAAAAUACAAAAUUGAAGAUAAAGGAAAUACAUUCAGUGUCACUAUCUUUGACCUAAAAGAAGAUGACUCUGGAACUUACUGGUGUGGAAUUGAACGAGUUGGUUUGGACACAUAUAAUCAAGUAAUCCUUACAGUUUUAGCUAACCAAGAUAAGGCAGCCUAUACA